AUGAUGAUGAGUGCGGCUGUUACCCCCUACAAGUACUGCGCGCACAAGCUGGCUGGCUUCGGCUUCGGCGAACACAUGGAUCUCGGACUUCCUGCUCUCCUCCCACUGCUGCCUUUCGCGUUCCUCCUCCUGUGGAGGAGAUCCGUCUCCGAGUUCCAGCCGAACCAUGAACCUCCUCUCCCUCCCAGCCCUUGGGGGCUGCCCGUCAUUGGCCACAUCCACCACCUCGUCGGAAAGCCCACCCACCAGGCGCUGCGUGACCUUGCCGCCCAGCACGGGCCCCUCGUGCUCGUCCGCGUCGGCCAGGUCGACGUGGUGGUCGUCUCCUCCCGCGAGGCCGCCGAAGAGGUCCUGAAGACCCAGGACGCCAACUUCGCCGACCGCCCUGCGCUCGCCGCCGCCAAAGUCAUCACCUACGGCUGCGUGGACGUGGCCUUCUCCCCGUACGGGAGCUACUGGAGACACCUAAGGAAGAUCUGCGCCACGGAGCUAUUCAGCAUGAAGCGCGUCAAGUCCUUCGCCUCGGUCAGGGAGGACGCCAUCCUCCGCUUGCUGAGGGACGUCUCCAUGACGCCCCCGGCGGUCCCCAUCAACCUCAGCAACAAGUUCAUGACGGUGAUCGGCGACAUCAUUUCUGCGGCAGUGGUUGGCAAGAGAUUCGAGCAGCAGCAGAUUUAA